AUGAGCCAAAUCGCCCUCUCAAGAUCCGUCGGUGUAACUGCCCUGAACUCGUUGAGAUGUGGAGUUCUUCCGCCUCCGUUAAUGCUCGCCGCCGUCGCCACUCUCCGCCGCUUUAGCACUGCCGGAAAUCCUUUCAGCUACCAAAAAAGCAAGUCGCCGCCGGUGAUGAAGUCGCAUAUCCGUCAACUUUCGACAGCUCCGACGAAUCCGUUACUCUCCGGCGCUACCUCCGUCGUCCGCGGAUUCAGCUCCUCCGCUGGAAAUCCUUUCAACAGUUACCAAAUUACGCCGCCGGUGAACUGGGGAAUCCGGAUCGUGCCGGAGAGGAAGGCGUGUGUGAUUGAGCGGUUCGGUAAAUACGCCAAGACUCUACCGUCGGGGAUUCACUUUCUUCUUCCGUUUGUGGAUCGUAUUGCUUAUGUUCAUUCCCUCAAGGAGGAAGCAAUCCCGAUUGGUAAUCAGACUGCGAUUACUAAGGACAAUGUUAGCAUCCACAUCGAUGGUGUUCUAUACGUCAAGAUAGUGGAUCCUAUGCUGGCUUCUUAUGGUGUUGAGAACCCAAUCUAUGCUGUUGUACAGUUGGCUCAGACUACUAUGCGUAGUGAGCUUGGUAAGAUUACGCUUGACAAGACCUUUGAGGAACGAGAUACUCUCAAUGAAAAGAUUGUGGAAUCUAUCAAUGUUGCUGCAAAAGACUGGGGUCUUCAGUGCCUUCGUUAUGAGAUAAGGGAUAUCAUGCCUCCUAAUGGAGUGAGGGUUGCUAUGGAAAUGCAAGCUGAAGCUGAACGUAGAAAGAGAGCCCAGAUUCUUGAGUCUGAAGGAGAACGCCAAGCCCAUAUCAAUAUUGCUGAUGGUAAGAAAAGUUCUGUAAUCUUGGAGUCAGAAGCAUCAAAGAUGGACCAAGUCAAUCGCGCACACGGUGAGGCGGAAGCAAUAUUGGCUAGAGCACAAGCAACAGCCAAGGGACUGGCCUUGUUGUCUCAAACCCUCAAGGAAACUGGUGGAGUGGAGGCUGCGAGUUUGAGAAUUGCGGAGCAGUACAUUCAAGCAUUUGGCAACAUUGCUAAGGAGGGUACAACAAUGCUGCUUCCAAGUUCUGCUGCGAAUCCUGCUAACAUGAUUGCUCAAGCUUUAACAAUGUACAAAAGCCUCAUCAACGACGGUGCCAACAGUGGUUACAAGUUAAAUCCAGCGGAAGAAUCCUCCUCUGUCAAAAUGGUUACUGACAAACAUCAAUCUAAAAACUGA